CCAAUACCUCCACCGCCAUUACCGCCACCAUUCUUUCCACCACCAGCCUAUGGGCCUUCACUUACAAUGCUGGAGAGAAGCAAGUUCUAUAAGAAGGUGGCAGAGCACAGCGAUCCCUCAGUCGGAGGAUGUGAAGAGUUGAAGAAGAUGAUUAGGAAGCAGCAUGUUAGAUUCAAUGGAACAUUAAAAUGGCUUUUGUAUAACAACCACAUACCAUCCGUGAUACAGGAGGGACCACAGUGUGGUCUGGUUGCCCUGUGGAUGGCAGGGGGGCUGUUGGACAAUACUAAACAAGUCACAUUGGGAACAAUUGUAGAAACAGCCAUCUCUAAAGGAUAUACCACCCUUGGGGAAAUGUUCUCAGCUGCUAAUAUGGCCUCCCUGGCAGAGCUGGUGCUUGGCUGUCAAUGUGAGCUGCUGACUGGUGGGAUGGAUGGAGAAAACAGAGAGCGGAUCCUCAGUCACCUGAUGGCCGGGCUGCCUGUGCUCAUCCCAUAUGAUGAAGAUUUUAAUCAUGAGCCAUGUCAGAGGAAUGGACACCGGGCACACUGGGCAGUGAUCUCAGGUGUUCUUCUUGGGAUGCAAAGUGGUUCAUUUGAGGCGGAUGUGGACAUCCCGGGACUGUAUCAUCCAGCACCCGGUUCUCUGGCUCCAAACACAGGUGACAUAGACGAAAUCUACCUGAUCGCAAAACAAGGCAAGAGCCUCCGAUAUCAGCUGUGGGAAUUCAGCUCUGUGAGCCGGAGCAAUAGCCAAGUUCUCCAACUGGACCCCACCAGAGCCAGUGAUGGCAAUGCCUAUGUGUUACCAGAAGGGGGCGUACAAGCCGGGCUGUGCGGAAACAUUGUUCUUCUCAAGCACAGAGAACCGAAAAACCAUAAAACUUGAACAGUCGCUGCUUGACGCUUAUUCUGAAAAACC